CAAAAGUGUGUGGGUGGUACAAUUUUGAUUCGGCCAAAAAAGGUUUCUUUUAGGGUUAGCGUAGCUUUGCCUCAAAGUUUUAAAGAUAAUCUUUUUGGUUUCUCUGCAACUGAUUUUGAAUCUUUUCGCUUAAUCAAUCCUCUGGAUUUUCAAAUCCAAUCCUUCUCCUAUCUGGUGACUUAACUAAAUUUGGAAUUAAAGGACUGGGCUUUCUCAAGCUCGAAACAAUUUUUCUUCACUCUGGCCGCUUCUGCAAAGACGUGUGCUUCUCGCACCUCUGCGCAGGUGUGGGGUGGCCUUGAAGUGGUGACUUCACUCUCUCUUCCAAGGAUUUCUCUAGCCUCAAUCAUUUGGAGGCUCCGUCGUGUUUCUGAGGGUCUUACCCUUGAUUACGGCUAACGUUACUAACGCCCACAUGAACCUCUUAAGCUUAUAGCAACUUUCUCUAUUCGUGCAAAAACAAAAAAACAAAAACGUAAAUUGAUCCUUCUUGUUUGUGGUUGUAAAUUAAAGAACAGUUCUUUGUGGUUUGGUUUUUUGGUUUUCCUUUGUUGUUUUAACUGGUGAUGUAGUUCGAUGUUAUUAAGUUUGACACAAUGGUUAGGUUUUCAUGCUUCAACGCUCACAUCCACCGCCAUAAACCUAAGAAAUCUGUGGAAGGAUUUUCAGAACAACUGAUCAGAGAAGAUGGGUCUAAAUCGAAAGGAUUGAGCUCAAUCAUAUUUGGGAGAAAUAUUGCUUCUGCUAGUGAAAUCAGCAAGCCAGCUUGCUCUGCCACUGUUGAGCGUGUAUGGAAAUCUGAGGAAAUUAAGCCCAGUGGCAUUCUUGAGCAUGAUAUUGGAACAGAUCAGGUGCGGCAUCUCAAGAAAAGUCAAUCCCAUGGAAAUGAACUAUACUUGGAUGGAAGGGCAGCCACAGAGAAUGGAACAGACGAUGGAACAGAUCGGAUUACUUCCCCAAAUUCUCUUGAACAGUCUCAUGAGGCAGGCAGCAGCAAGCUUGUAGAAGGAAGUCCUAAUUUGUAUGAGAAAGCUCCUCGAGCUUCAGUCUCUGCUUACCAGGGUUCAAAUCAAGCACUCAAUGGAUCUAUGUUCUCGGUUGGAGAUCUUCAUCAUACUGAUAAAGACAGCCGUCAGCUCGAUGAUAACUCCUUAUAUGGUGAACAGAUGGACAACUCAAACAACCAUACACCUCAUGGUUCGCCUUUGAUGGUGAGGUCGAACUCAAUGCCUAAUAUUGCUGACUCUGCAUCAGAGAAAUCUUCACCUUUCAAAUAUUCUUCUCACCACUCUAGGUCCUCUGAUGAACUUCGAGCUCUAGACAUGCACCAAACAGAUAAAUCUGUUCAUGAGACUGAUGAAGAGGGUAAGCAAGAGCAAGAUAAUGAUCGGGAUUAUGAUAUGCAUAAAUCUGGAGAUAACAACAAGGAAAAUCUCGGGGAAGAUGGAUAUGAUGAUGCAUAUGAUUAUUCUUCUUUGGCAAAAGAUUGGAUAGUACCACCUACGGAUGAGCGAAAAUUAACGAAGUUCCUUGAAGGAGAAACAUCAAAACAGCAAGAAGAACUUCCAGGAAAGGAUUUUAAAUUCAAGCGUAUUGAGGAUUGGGUCAAUGACCUCCAGCAUGUAAACUUGUUUGAGGAAGCCGAUGAGAUAACAGGGUAUGAUGAUGAGUUGCCAAGAGAACCAGUCGUGUUGAAUGAGUCAGCAACAACAUCUGCUAAAGUAGAUGCCAUCAAGUUAACUCCUGGAAUGGAAGCUGCGAAAAAGUAUAUAUCCUCUCUAAGUGCUUCUGCAACCACAGCCCAGCUGGUUAGUCAUGGUCUGGUUGUGAUACCAUUCCUCAGUGCAUUUGUUGGUCUGAGAGUUCUCAAUCUCUCAGGAAAUGCAAUAGUUAGAAUAACCGCUGGAGCUCUUCCUCGAGGACUACAUGCUUUGAAUUUGUCGAAGAACAGUAUCUCGGUUAUUGAGGGCCUACGUGAACUCACUCGGCUUCGAGUAUUAGAUUUGAGUUACAACCGAAUACUGAGACUUGGUCAUGGUUUGGCUUCUUGUUCUUCUCUGAAAGAACUAUACCUAGCUGGGAACAAAAUCAGUGAAAUUGAGGGUCUUCAUCGUCUCUUGAAGUUGACGGUCUUGGAUUUACGCUUCAAUAAGUUUUCAACCACCAAAUGUCUUGGUCAGCUUGCUGCAAAUUACAGUUCUCUUCAGGCUAUAAGCUUGGAAAGUAACCCUGCACAGAAGAAUGUUGGUGAGGAACAGCUGAGAAAGUACCUUCUGGGGCUCCUGCCAAAUUUGGUAUACUAUAACAGACAAGGCACUAAAGAUGCUCGGCUGGGGACAAGCUCUCAUCAGUUGGACCGAGGUCUGAGGUCAGAGCUCAAAAACUUACGAGAAUUAUCAUGUUGCUAUUGCUACUGGUGAUAGAUUGUCCAGUCUGAGGUCUGAGCUCUCUAUGCGAAGAAGUCGAAGUGAAGGAACUCUCGGACCUAUCUGAUCACUUGGACCUAUUUGGAUCUCUCUCUUCAGUUGGCUGUAAUUUCCUUUUCGAGGUAAAUGAUGAAGAUGCUACAUACUUUCUUCCCUUUAUUCAUCUUCAUCUUUGUGUUUUGUUGUUGUGCAUUAUCAAUUUUACAUCAGAAGCUUUGAUUCUUUCUACUAGCUUCUCAAUAAUGUCUGAAAUUGGAAACUAUGUUAUACAUUCUUUUCAGCACUGUCUGAGAUAAUAUAUUGCAAACAGAUUUGAAUCUC